GGUUUAUUUCUUGAAUAUUUGCAUAUUGUGAUUAUAUAGGAAAUUCUUUAAAAAGAUUUCUUUUAUUUAGAUUUACAUAUGAACAGGGAUUUCUCGCAGAAAUUAUAAUUUCAAUGACAUAUAUUUUUGUCACACUUCCCCUAAUGGAGGCGAAAAAGGUUACACAAAAUUGUCAAAUAGGAGUAGAUAUAUCGUCUAGCAAAAUAAAUAUGCUUGAAAAGAAGCGGAAUGAGUGCUUGCAGAUUUUCAACAAUAUGAAUAAAAAAACUGAAGACAGCCUCAUCUUUGAAUCCACUUUCACAUUAAAGAUGGUCGAAUAUGCCGAUUCAUAUGUUGCUAACUUAGUAAACAUCGUGAAAUUGUUUCCUUCAUUUGCUGUCAAAAAAUAUUACACAUGGUCGUCACCUCUAGGUGAAAAUCAAUGUAUUCCUUACGAUGAUUACAGAUAUGAACUUAUAGCAAUUUAUUACAACAUCGCUGCACACUUUGUGAAUGUAGCUCAUCAUUUUCUUUGUGUAAAAUCCAAAGUUGGAAACAUAUCCAGUCUUGAGAAGAAUUCGUACCACGUGUUGCUCAAGGCCGCAGGUUAUUUUUCUCUUGUUAAAAAUGUUGUAGACAAUAUAAAAUUUCAACCUAUUGGAGUUGCUGAGAUGCCAUUCAAACCCGAUGAUGUUAUUGCAUUAUUUUCCUUUCUUGAAACUCUAUCCCUUGCACAAGCGCAAGAAAUCGGAACAACGCGCUCUAAUAAUGUGGGCCCUAAGCAAACCUCUGAUUUAACUACAAAAUUAUGUCAUCAACUGUUUCUUUUCUAUAAAGAGUGCAACGAGAUAUCAAACAGUGUUAAAAGUUGUUCUAAAAAUUUUAGCAAUAUGUCUGCUCUAUGUCAACUAAAGUCAGAUGUAUUUUUAUCGCUCAUGUACAACUAUGCAGCUUCUUGGGCCUUCACUUCAUCUCCUUCUAAUGCACUUCACUUUAUGAAUAGAGCAAAUAUUGAGGUAGCCAAAAUACAAAAACAUGCUAAAGUCAACAAAAAAUUGAGAUCUAUUUAUUCUUGUGAAAAAAUUCUUGAAAACUGUUAUUCUACAAUAAAACGAAAUGAUGAGCGCUUAAGGAAAAUAAACUCGCUGGUUCAUCGCGUAAAGAUGACGGAGGGUGAGAUCCAGCCUCCAAUACCUCAGGUUCUUGCUGUUAAGGAAAAAAUUGAAUUACCAAUAGAACUUCCAACACCAGCUAGCAUUCAAUAACUCUUUUCAUGAGUAAACUCAGUAAUAUAUAUAUAUAUAUCUUCAUUUGCUGUUGCAGUACCAUUGACAAACUCUUUUCUUCUAUAUU